AUGGCUGUUGAUCCUUCACAGACAGCUUUGUUGAAAACGUUAUGCCACGAAAUCACCGAUUUGAAAGUGGCAUCAAAGGUGAACGCGGAAAAUGUAAACAAGUUGAAGAAAGAAUUGGAACAGCAGAAAAAGGCGAACGCUGAAGUUCAUAAUGCUGUUUUCUUGUUGCAAGAGGAGAAAACGAAUCUGAGAGUUGCAGUUCAUAAUUUGAAAAUGCGAAAUGCUAUUAUGUCCCGAAAAAUUCAGAAACUCAAGGUAUCGUGGAAAAUUGAUUGUUAAAAAGUAUUUUAAAAUUAAUUUUAGGAUCGAAUUAAAAACGAGGAUGAAUCAGAUGAUGAUUUUGAGCUGAUUGAAUUUGACGAAAUUGGUCGCAAUUUUUUAAUGAUUGGAGGUUUGCCAAUGAUAAAUUGAAAUCAUUUCCAAUAUAUUUUUAAGGUAGACAAGACCCAUUGGCUUUCAAUUACAACAUCAAAUUCAGUGAUGAAAAUGGUAUUCAACAUCAAAGUGCUGAAAGAUAUUAUUGGUUUUUGAUGGCAGGAUAUUUCAAUGACAAAGAAAAUCAAGAAAUCAUUCAAACUGCUGAAUAUUCAAAAGCAGAACAAGCCAAGAAUUCGAUUGUUGCGUUUGAUGAACAACAAUGGAAUCAAGUCAAAUUGCAAUGUUAUACAAAAGCUCAAGAACGAAAAAUCAGCGAGUUGAGAAGUGUUCAAAAUCUCCUCAUUUUGUCAGAUAAUAUGUAUCUCGCUUCGUGUGAAUCAGACAGGGUAAUCACGUUCAAAUUGAAUUAUUGCUUGAUCUAAAUGUUAAUUACAGUAUUUUGGAACUGGAUGGCGUAAACAGCGAGAAGAAUCAGUUCGACCACUUCAUUGGGACGGACAAAAUCUUGGCGGUGUUGUUUUGAUGAAAUUGCGCAAGAAGUUUGCAAAAACUCACAAAUGGCAAUCAGAAAACGAACAAGUUGAAGCCGAAAAUCGCUUUGGAGAGUUGAGAAAAUAUAUCUGGAGACGUAUCAAAAAACGAACAGAGAAUAAUAAGUAA